AUGUCGUUCGAGACAGCGAGGUUCCGGAAUUCAAAGGUAAACAUCGAUGGUGUGUACUAUCCAGCCUUAGCUGAGAGGAUUUCUAAGGAUGAAAAUUUCUUGGAGACUUCCUAUCCCGGAGAUUGGCGUCCAAGGGAAACAGUAAAUUUCGCAAAUUGCCGAGUAUUGCAAGCACAAUCAUCCCAUCCGAUUCACAAAGGUGAUGUAAUUGAGGCACUGUUUGAACAGACGAAUGGUCAAUCAGGAUGGCAAAGAGCUUCGGUUCGCGAGAUCAAGGCCGAUUUCAUUGUGGUUGACUCGGUUGAAGGCCCACAGCAUACCGAUGUGGUGGCAGCCAACAAAUGUCGCCAUGGUGCCGUGUAUACACAAGUUAGUGCUGCAGACUUGAGGACGGAUUCCAUAGUCGUGCCAGAAGAUUUGGUUGAUCACUUUUCAAUUGAUAGAAACCUGAUGGAAUUCCAAAACACGGUGAAGGACAUCUCUAUGAGCUUUGACAAGGAAUCGCGCGAAAUCAAAUUGACUUCAUUUGGUACGAUGUCACUAAAGAAAGCAAUCGUUCUUAGUGAAAUGUUCUUCCGAGAUGUGCGUUUGAAAAACCAGCUGCGUGCUCGAGCUGAAGAAGCCGAACGUCUACUCCAACACGGCUCCACGCGCAAUGAAAAGGACUCACCUUUUGUCGACGAAUUCGAGGUUGCAGCAGAUUUGAUGGGAUUGGCAAUCGGAACUCAUGGUUCGAACAUUCAAAGAGCUCGCAACGUGGAGGACAUAGACGAUAUUCAGGUGUUUGAAGGAGGUGGUGAUGGGCAGCCGUGCAUUAUCAAGAUUUUUGCGAAAACAGCUGCAGCAGCACAAAAAGCACGUGCGCAGCUUGACUUUGGCGUUGAAUGUGUGCACGUGCCACGAUUCCUGGUAGGGAAAUUAAUUGGCAAAAAUGGGAAAUGUAUCCAGGAGAUCGUUGAUAAAUCUGGUGUGAUACGUGUUCAAAUUGCUGGUGAAGAUGAUGACAGCAUGGAUCCUGUGCCAUUUUCGUUCACUGGCACAAGGGAAUCGACAUCAAUGGCUGCUUUUCUGGUAGAUUUCCAGAUCAACCACUUGAAAGAAACCGAGGGUCUGCGCAAUAAUAUAGAAGACAUGAUGCGGCAAGCAUUCAGCAAUAAUGAGAGAUUCCAAAGAAAUUCUGAUGGUUACCAGCGUAACGGAUAUGGUGAUCGUGGUGGAUUUGAUCGACGCGGUGGUCGUCGUGGUCGUGGUCGAGGUGGUAACUAUCGCAAUGUAGGUGCACAGAAUGGAGGAUCAACCAAUGGAGGUUCGAGUACAGGAGGAAAGCCCUGGAGGGGAGAUGGUAGCCGAUACAGUGACGAGGAGUGGUCUGGAGCUGAAGAAGCAAAGCAUAGGGAGGAGCAUGGAGAUGAACAGGAACAGCGUCGUCAGGGGCGACAGCGUGGAGGAAGUGCUGGUGAGCGAGGCAGUAAUGCUGGACGACGACGUGGUACGUAA